AUGGUAACAGUGGAAAACAAAACGGCACAGCUAGCCAAAGCCACUCCCAAGGAUUCACUGUACGAUAGGAACAUUCGCUUUAACAAUAGUGUUGGAGAAGAAAUAUUUUUCAAUGAAUAUGGAGAGCUGGAAUUUGGAUAUGAUAUUACCAACUUGAUUACAUUCCCCAACCAAAGCUUCCAGAGAGUCCAAGUUGGGAGGAUUGAUCCCAAAGCUCCUGAUGGAAAAUGGUUCAGCAUUAACAGAAGUGCCAUUUUGUGGAAUCACAAGUUUCAACAGCACAUUCUCUACAUGCUCUAUAUUCAUGGAGAGCCAAACAAGAAAGAAAUGGGUUCAGAAAUAGUAAGAAUUAUUUGGAAGUGCAGCCAUGGCAGUGUUGGAGAAGAAAUAUUUUUCAAUGAAUAUGGCGAGCUGGAGUUUGGAUAUGAUAUUAUCAACUUGAUCACAUUUCCCAACCAAAGCUUCCAGAGACUCCAAGUUGGGAGGAUGGAUCCCAAAGCUCCUGAUGGAAAGCUGUUCAGCGUUAAUGGAAGUGCCAUUUUGUGGAAUCACAAGUUUCAACAGACAACUCCUCGUGCCACAUGUGUUGACAGUUGUAGCCCUGGCUGCAGCAAGAUUGUCCAGCCAAUGGAGCAAAUUUGUUGCUAUGGAUGUGCUCAGUGCCCUGAAGGGAGGAUUUCACUCUAUGCUGAUGCAGAUCAAUGUGAGAAAUGCCCAGAAGAGGAGUAUCCGAACAAAAACCAGACUCAGUGUAUUCCCAAAACUGUGACCUACCUAUCAUACAGUGAACCCUUGGGAGCAACUUUGGCUGGCUGUACCACUUUGUUUUCCACCAUCACCAUUCUAGUGGCCUGGAUUUUCAUUCACUACCGACAUACUCCACUUGUCAAAGCCAACAACUGGAACAUUACAUGUGUCUUGCUUGCCUCACUUUUACUUUGCCUUCUGUCCUCCUUCCUUUUCAUUGGAAGACCUGGGAAAGCGUCCUGCCUUCUGCGACAAAUCAUCUUUGGCAUCGUCUUCUCAACUGCUGUGUCAUCUGUCUUGGCCAAAACCAUUACUGUGGUUUUGGCUUUCAUGGCCACCAAGCCAGGAAACAGAAUGAGGAAAUGGGUUGGAAAUAGACUGGGACUAUCUAUUGUUGUUCUUUGUUCACUAAUUCAAAGUGGGAUCUGUGUUAUAUGGCUGACAACAUGUCCUCCCUUCCCAGAGCUUGACAUGCACUCCCAGAUCAGUGAGAUCAUAGUGCAAUGCAAUGAAGGCUCAGAUGUCAUGUUCUAUAUUGUCUUGGGCUGCAUGGGUCUUCUGGCCAUCACCAGCUUCACGGUGGCUUUCUUUGCCAGGAAAUUGCCCAGUAGUUUCAAUGAAGCCAAGCUGAUCACCUUCAGCAUGUUGGUGUUUUGUACUGUUUGGGUCUCUUUUGUCCCUUCCUACCUAAGUACCAAAGGGAAAUACAUGGUGGCUGUGGAGAUCUUCUCCAUCUUGGCUUCCAGUCUUGGUUUACUGGGUUUCAUCUUCCUCCCCAAAACCUACCUUAUCAUCCUGAGACCUGAACUAAAUAGCAGAGAGCAACUAGUAAGAAAAAAAUGA